GCUUAGAAAAUAUAUAUAUAAAUAACCAUUUCAAUUCAACAAGGGCGUCGCCUCAAGCUACUCAUGUCUGUGGUCUCUCGCCUUGUAUAUACCACGCUUCGUCCCUUCCACCCUAACCACUUCUCCUCUCCACCUCUGGCUAGGUCUCCCUUACACCUUAAUUCGUCUUCUCCUCCCUCCGCCAGCUCACUUUUGUCCGUUCGUGCAGCCACCACCAGCUUAGCCAUGGGAGACGCCCCUGAUGCCGGCAUGGACGCUGUCCAGAGACGCCUUAUGUUCGACGACGAAUGCAUUUUAUUGGACGAGAAUGAUCGUGUGGUUGGGCAUGAUACCAAAUACAAUUGUCACUUGUGGGAAAAGAUCUUAGCUGGAAAUGCACUGCACAGGGCUUUCAGUGUGUUUUUGUUUAACUCAAAAUAUGAACUUCUUCUUCAGCAACGCUCUGCAACAAAGGUAACAUUCCCUCUUGUGUGGACGAACACCUGCUGUAGCCAUCCUCUAUACCGUGAAUCCGAGCUCAUUGAUGAGGAUGCUCUAGGGGUGAGAAAUGCUGCACAAAGAAAGCUUCUGGAUGAGCUUGGUAUCCCUGCAGUAGAUGUGCCGGUUGAUGAGUUCACCCCGCUAGGCCGGAUGCUGUAUAAGGCACCUUCUGAUGGAAAGUGGGGAGAGCAUGAACUGGAUUACCUACUCUUCAUCAUCCGAGAUGUUAACGUUAAUCCCAACCCUGAUGAAGUAGCUGAUAUUAAAUACGUAAGUCGCGAGCAGUUGAAAGAGCUGAUGAGGAAAGCAGAUGCUGGUGAGGAGGGUCUAAAACUGUCACCGUGGUUCAGACUAGUGGUGGAAAACUUCUUGUUCAAAUGGUGGGAUCAUGUUGAGAAAGGAAGUCUUGAGGAAGCUGCCGACAUGAAAACAAUUCACAAGUUGACCUAACAAUGUGAGAGACUAGUUAAAACAGUUUGAUAAUGUUAUUACUCACUUACUCCAAUAAGUUAGAGCAUGAGAUGAGAAGAGUUCCUUCCUUCCAUGCUAGUUGGCAUUUUGUUGUGAUUAGCUUCUGAUCUUCCUGAGAAGCGUUCUUUUCCAUGAAAUGCUGAAUUUGGAUUAAAUUUUUGAACUGGUUCGGCCUGUGCUUAUGGUUUGGCUAUUUGUUAAGGAUCGCUUGAUCUUUCACCCUUAAUUCUUGAUUUUGGUUGACAGGACUCGA